AUGACGCGUGAUGCGACUGACGAUGGUGCUAGGAUAAACCACACGCAGGCGCUAAGCUGGCCAUUAGUUAACUGCAGAACGCUAGCGGCCGCGGCUCCGGUGGUGGGGUGGCCUCCGGUGCGCUCGUUCCGGCGGAACGAGGCCUCCUCCUCGGCAUCCAAGCGGCCGCCCGCCGACCCACGCAACGGCGCCGACGACAAGGCCGGCUACAAGGGCCUGUUCGUGAAGGUGAACAUAGACGGCGUCCCCAUCGGCCGCAAGGUGGACCUGAAGGCACAGGGCGACUACGGCAACCUCUCCGUCGCCGUCGACCGCCUCUUCCGGUACCUCCUCGCCGCUCAACGGGAUCAGAGGUCCUGCGCGGAGGGGAACCAGCCGUCGAUCACCGGACUGCUGGACGGCAGCGGUGAGUACACACUGGUGUACGAGGACGACGAGGGCGACCAGAUGCUGGUCGGCGAUGUCCCAUGGGACAUGUUCAUCGCCACGGCGAAGAGGCUGCGCGUGCUGCGGAGCUCGGAUCUGAACGCUCCCUCGCUACGAGCGGCGCUGAGCCGGAAGAGGGGAGCAGCUGAUCAGUGCUGAGCUAUCUAUCUAUCUCCGUUUUAUUUUUGUACUCUUGGCUAAGCUCUGCUAGUAUCGAUCUGUAUAAAAUUUGCCAAUCACCUUGGGCUGUCAUCAUGUCACGUUGCUAUCAUCAAGUAGUAGACCAGACUUGUACUGUUAAGAUCAUGUAUCUAGCUGCAGUGCUGUAACUCGUAAGGUGUUGAUUUUUGGAACGGCAGGAAUGCCAAGUUUGGCUUUAUCGA